AUGGCUUCGUUCUCGCGCUCCCUCCUCCGCGCCGGCAAGGCCGCCCCCGUGCCUUCGCUCUCUCGGGCCGCCACUCCGGCCUCGGCGCGCUUCGUCCAGCUCGCCGCCGAUGCGUCGAAGCUGGCGAGCUCGGUGCCCGAGUCCAAGUCGGACAAGUUCACCGUCUCGCUGGCCCCGGACUCGUUCAAGGGCUACAAGUACGAUGUGCCGCAGCUCGAGCUCGAGACGUCGCGCGAGGAGCUCGUGGGCAUGUACGAGCAGAUGGUCAAGAUGAGGAGGAUGGAGAUGGCCGCCGACCAGCUCUACAAGCAGAAGCUCAUCCGCGGCUUCUGCCACCUCGCCAUCGGCCAGGAGGCCGUCUCGGUGGGCAUGCACUUUGGCUGCAAGCCCGACGACAAGAUCAUCACCGCCUACCGCUGCCACCCCUUUGCCGUGCUGCGCGGCGGCACCAUCAAGGGCGUCAUUGCCGAGCUGCUGGGGCGAAAGGACGGCAUCUCCAAGGGCAAGGGCGGUUCGAUGCACAUGUUCACGCCCACCUUCUUUGGCGGCAACGGCAUCGUCGGCGCCCAGGUGCCCGUCGGCGCCGGCAUCGCGUUUGCGCAGCAGUACCUCAACACGACCAACGCCACCUUUGCCAUGUACGGCGACGGCGCGUCGAACCAGGGACAGGUGUUUGAGGCGUACAACAUGGCCAAGCUGUGGAACCUGCCCGCCGUCUUUGUCUGCGAGAACAACAAGUACGGCAUGGGCACGGCGGCCGAGCGCUCGUCGAUGAACACGGCCUACUACACGCGCGGCGACGUCAUCCCGGGACUGCAGGUCAACGCCAUGGACGUGCUGGCCGUCGUCGCGGCGACCAAGCACACGGCCAAGUGGACGGCCGUCGACGGCAACGGCCCGCUGCUCAUGGAGCUCGUCACCUACCGCUACGGCGGCCACUCGAUGUCGGACCCGGGCACCACGUACCGCACGCGCGACGAGAUCCAGACGAUGCGGAGCAGCUCGGACCCGAUCCAGGGCCUCAAGGCGCGCAUGCUCGACUGGGGCGUCGUCGAAGAGGCCGAGCUCAAGAAGAUUGACAAGGCGGCAAAGGAGGAGGUUGACCACGCCGUCGAGGAGGCCAAGAAGAGCCCAUGGCCCGACGCAAAGGAGGUGUGGGACCACAUCUACUACCCGGGCACCGAGCCCGACUACAUGCGUGGCCGAGAGCGCGAGGAGGUCCACCGAUACCGCUGA